ACUAUAUCCGUUUUUGUGAUUACACUUGUUGGCAUGCUAUAAGUUUAAUAAGGGCACUCCAUAUUUUACUUACUGAGUUUAUCUCAUAGUUUUUCCUUGUCCACCAUUUCAGGAACCGAAACCGAGGACGGGGAAACCACGGGAAGUGACGAGUUAGAAGGCUAGCCAUUGUAAUUGAUAUAGAUUUAGAUAUAAAUCAUGAUCUUGUAAGUUAGAAUGUAUUGGAGAUUUAUGAUAUGAGAGAAAAUCUUAUAAUUUGAUCUUCAGAUUUUGAUGGUAUCAGAUUAUGAUAUGAUUAAGUUCCGAGUCUUGUGCAUUUGUGGGACCCUCUCACGAGUGCACGGCGUCUGCCACGUCCCCAGAUUUGGGUUUUGGGGCGUGACAGAUUUAGUGAUUCAUGAGAUUAAUCUUGUCCGCCAUGUUCUUAAGACCUUGUUUUGAAACUUGGUCAUUUUCUGAUAGUUUGCAGUUGUUUAGACGUGGUACUUGAAUAGAAUUUUUGUAUGCUCUUUUGCCACCAUUGUGAAAUCUGGGGAGUUGCAAAGAUCUUUGUCAUUGAUCCUGUUGGUCUCUACCACAUAGCUGGUUGAGAAAUUUGUUCUGUUUGUCACAUGACCAGUGGAAGAUGGGCAAACCCUCUAUUGUGUAAGAGAUUCAAGGCUAUUUUAGCAAAUGUUGUGUGUUUUCUAGCUGUGCUUUAGGAGCUGGAUAACUUGGUAAUUUUGUUGCUCCUAAUCUUUCUGAAAGUCUUAUAGUGAAGUUUCACUUUUUCCAUUUGGAGCUUCAUGGUCUUUUCAUGUGGCUCAUUUUUUUUUUAUAUUGGUUAAUCAAGAACAGUGAUCAUUCCAUUGAAAUUGCCAUGUUUUUGUGAAGAUUGAUAAGUUGUCAUAAAGUUAAACUCUCUAUUGUUGCCAAUCUCUAUAUUCUUGAUAUCUGGGAAUUGCUUAAGACUCUUGAAAUCCAUCUUGAAUCUUUCUUGACAUUGCUUUGUACUUGUUCUUGAAAUUGAAAUCCAAAGGAAAUGGAUAAUGAUUAUUGAAAUCCUCAUUAUCUUCAUACUUGUCUGAAAUUAAUUCUUGCACUGUUCUUGGAAUCUAGUUUGAAUUGUCCUUGAAAACCAUUCUUGUUCUGACACUGGUUCUUGCUCAAAUUCUGUAUACUGCUCUUGCUCAAAUCCUGCAUAUUCUGCUAGUUCUUGUUGUAGUAUACCUGUUGAUCUUCUUGAUUUUUUAUUUUUGUUUAUAUGGACACCUUUUUAGGAAGGGUGAUGAUUAUUGGAAAAUACUUAUAUGAGGCAUCCUUAUUCUUGUCUCUUGCAAGUGUUAGUCUCUGUAUUCUUGACGUCCUAGCUUUGACUUGAC